GGCAGGGAAUAACCCUGGAUGAGGUGUCACCCAUUGCAACAUUUCAACAUUCAUAUAUUCAGUAUUGUACUGAAAUGCUAGUGUGAGUUUAAAAUGCUAAAAAUAUGAAUUCGGGGUAGUUUGUGCCAACAUACUGAUAUUUUUUGGUUUCAUAAAAUAUUUUAUAAUUGUUUAGCCAACUAUACUUUUAAUUUUAUCCAUUUUAGUAGGACGUUUUGAGUUUUAGGCUAGUUAUCAUUUAAUGGUGUAAUUUCUAUACGUGACAAAUAAUCUUUGUGGUAUUUUACCCCCAAGUAACCAUAGGGGUAGGAAGUACCUUGUUGAAGGCAUCAUGUGAUGUCAGUAGUGAGGGGCAAGUUUAUGCUAAUUAAUACUUUGCAGAUCUUUUAAAGAGGACCUCAGCGAUUAUAUCAGUCACUUGAGGGGUUUUGGUAAGGUGCUGAAAUGCAGAAAAGGGAAACUAUUUCAUCUGAUAAUUAGAAACAUUAAGGCACAAAAACCCAGAAAAUGAGGACCUUUCUUGCUGCUGUCACAUUUGCUUGCAUCUUGUCAUCAGCUGCAGCAAGAACUAAAACCAGUUUUACACGCUAUCGAUCCUGGAAUUCACGGGUGUACCCAGUGUGGAAAAAUGGGGACUCUCGCUACAAAGACUGCUGGAAAGGUGGCGAGGUGACAUUUGAUAUCAAGAAUGACUCACCCACCAUAUCUGGUGCCAAGGUCAUCUUCAACAUUGACAUACGUUUCCCACAGAACCAGACUGUGCAGCCUGACGGACAGGUUGUGUGGGCUCAGAACUGUACGAUUAAUGGGACACAGUACCGUCAGGGACAGCCUGUGUACCCAGAGCGAAACACCACUGGGGAGUGGAGUGGAGUCUUUCCCGAUGGCACUCCCUUUACAAAAGUUUCAGAGAAGAAGCCCCGCUAUGUGUUUGUCUGGAAAACCUGGGGGCGUUACUGGCAAGUGGCCGAUGGUCCCUCCUCCUUCCUGAUGAUUGGCACAGACAACAUUGCCCAGGGGUCAUACAACAUGGAGGUUGUCAUCUAUCACUGCCGUGGCAAGGACAAAUUCAUUCCCCUGGGCUACGGCAUCACACAGUUUUCCAUCACAGAUCAAAUCCCCUUCACAGUAUCACUUGCACAAGUGAAUGAUGUCAAUCAGGCAGAUCAGAGCUUCAUUCAGAAUCGUGCCAUCGCCUUCACGGUCAACCUGCAUGACCCCAGCCAGUACUUAAAGGACUCCGAUGUCACCUUCACCUGGAACUUCGGCGACAGCAGUGGCACGUUGAUCUCCAGGGAACUCAGUGUCACUCACACAUACGUCUCCAGUGGCUUUUUCCAGCCUCAGGUGGUCCUACAGGCAUCCAUUGCCAAUGCUGGUUGCUCCACCCCAGGUGAUGCCCCUACCCCUGCUAACCCCACUGCUGCCCUGGUCACCUCUCAGCCCUCUGCGCCUAUAGCAGAGCAAACCACCACUGGAGACUCCACCGAACCAUCUACAGUUCCAGUUAUUAUAGCUUCCACAGCUGAUGGAGCUGAUAUGACAGUGAAUCCUCCUGACCCCACACAGCAGGCUAAUGACAUCGGCCUAGCUGUGGAUGUCACUGAGCCUGUCCCUGUCAACGACAUCAUCCUGGGUGCAUCUGUGCAGCCCUCCGAAGUAGAAGCGGACGAGGGCGUGGCUGCCUUGCCUGAAUCAGCAGCUGUAGACCCUUCUCUUCCAGCUGCAGAUGAUGUCACCAAUCUAGCUGCCGCAGACAUCAACGGUGAUGCUGUUCCAGCUGCUGAGGAAGCCCAGACUGCACCUCCUGCUCCAGCUGUUGAAGUUGCAACCCCGGCUGGUGCGAUUGACACAAUUGCCAUUGACGACGCAGCCUCUGCAGCCCCAGUUGUUGAAAAUUUGCCAGUCACCGUCACCCUAGACGAGCCAGCUAACACUGCCGCCCCUGUGGGCGGAGAUGGCAUUACAGUCAAUGCUGAAAAUGCUGCUGUGGAGAUCCUCCAGGCAGACAGUGCAGAGCCUGCCAUUCCCUCUGCCUCAGUUUCAGCUGUUGUGGUGGCAGCAGCCUCUGUCACUGCCUCAACAGUGUCUGAGACAUCGAGGUUAGAACUGGAGGCAGCAGAGGCAACAGCAGCAGCUGAAGUGGCCAAUGGGGUGGAGGCAGCAGUAGAGACAGGCACUGCAGUGGCUCCAGUGCCAGUGGUGGUCGCCAAACGGCAGGCCCCAGAAAUGCCUACAGAUAACAGCUGUGUCAUUUACCGCUAUGGCUCCUUUGCUGUCAAUCUAGAUAUUAUUCAGGGGAUCGAAAGCGUGGAGAUUGUGCAGGUGGCCAACGUUGCGACAAUGAGUGCGAUUGAGCAGAAUGCUGUAGAUCUUACUGUUACCUGCCAAGGGAGCCUGCCGAACGAGGUCUGCACUGUGGUGUCGGAUGCAGACUGCAUCACGCCAAUGCAGACGGAAUGCAGCGCGGUGACUCCCUCCCCAGAGUGCCAGCUGAUUUUACGUCAGUUCUUCAACGAUUCCGGUGUUUUCUGCAUUAACGUGUCCAUGACCAACGACGUCAGCCUGGCCGUUACUAGCACCAGAGUCAGCGUAACAGUAGACCCCAACCCCUCCUCUGCUGGCACAUUGGCGAUGGUCCUGGGGGUCAUGAUCUUGGCUUUUGCGGUUGGUGCAGUAGCAAUCACAUACAGGCGCUCCAAGGAGUACCACCCACUCAGGCAAGAUACACUGGAAAGCUCUGGAAGGAUCUCGGUGCCCAUGCUCCUGUGGAACCUGCUGAGCCGACAGACAUCCGGGGAAAGUCGGCCUCUUCUUCAGGGAGGGGUGGUGUGAACUGGGUCAGAACACACACUGCAGCUAUUACUAACGGGCCUAUUACAUGCACACACCAUUAUACACACAAAUGAUCUUUCGUGAUUUUAUUAUACAUACAGUGUCACUUACAAACCUUUAUGGAAAAAGCAUAUUAAGUCAGGAAAUUGAACAAAAUGUUUUUGUCUCUUAACCUAAUCGAAGCACCAGAAAACAAGUGAUUACAAUUUUAUUAAUACUGCAUGUGAAAAAAAAUUUGACACAAAACCAGGGUUAACAUUAAACAUACAUUAAAUAUGUACAAGGGAGACCCAGUGACCUUUAACACUUUGUUUUCCUGAGCAUGGCUGGGUAUAAGUGUACAGCUCUGUGCUUGUACCACUGUCCACAGGCGUUUGCAGUGACGUGCAGUGCCCUUUCUGUAGGUAUGCUUUGCAUGAGUCAUUAUAAUCACAGUUUAAUGCUUUAUAUGGAGCAGGAAGUGUUUCAAGCAAUGUUUUUUAUAGUCUUUAACAGAGCAAUAUUUGUGGAAAAUAGAAAUAGAAAAUACCCAUAAUACAUAGCCUUUUGUAAACAUUUUCUGUACCCUCAACAAACUUAUACCUUCAUUAUGUUGGAAAAAAAGUCCUCUGUUUUGGGAACUGGAGGCCAUAUUGAGUUUCAGUGCAGCACUAGUUUGGUAACAGGAUCCAGUAGCGAUCUAGAGUGUAUUGAACUGUUCUGCUGCUCCGCCUCUCUAAUCCUUCUUCUGAAGGAGAGAAAGCAAUUAUUUUCCAUACCAGUAAUUGAAUCUAAUCAGCAACAAAUUUGUGGAACAUAAAAUGUUUGAGGUAUGGACCAAAACUUUUACAUCAAUUACAUCUUUUUUAUUUGCAUUAACAAGAAUACAUUUGAAGGGUAUUUUCAAAAAUACUCAAGAAAAGCAAAUCAGCUUGUAGGACUGCUUAUUUUGGCCACAUGGGGGCGUACUUUCCUAGACAAAAAUAUAAAAUAUUCAUUCCUAAUACAUAUAACUAUAUUCUGAAAUACAUAAAGUUAUCACAGGUAUGAACUGAUACAUCAUCAUUAAAUUUGUUAACACUAAUCAAGGCUGGAGUCAGCUUUUGUAAUUGUCUGGUGCUUCAAGUACAUGAAUAUUUUAGUAGACAUUACAUUCUUCACAAACACCUGCAGUAUUUGAAGCAACAGGAAAAUUCAACAAAUAAAAAUAAAAAACAAUAUUUCAGUAAAAACUGUGCUUCUUAAUCUAGCAAUUGAUACAGCUUUAUUGUUAAGUUUCCUAACAGCACAAAAAGCACUGACAAACUGACCAGGCAUUUACACUUGACGUUCUUAUUGUAUGUCGUGUUUCUAUUUUAUUGUGUAUGCCAUAUCUUUUUGUUAUAGAAAUUUUACACUCAUAAAAAACUUCAUUAUUCAAA